UGUAUUACAUUUCCUGAGAGCAUUUCCAAGGAAUUCGUCCAAAGCCGAAAAAUAUCACGACAUGUAUUCAAAAAGUAUGAACAAGUCGAGGCCGACGAAAAUGAAGAAAUCGAAGGGUAAGGAAGUUCUAUCGCGUAAGGAACGGCGUAAGCAGGAGAGGAAAGCGAAGAAACAGAAGAAAACCGAGCAUUUCAUGAACAGGAAAAGUCGAUUCCAAAAGAAGCCGGUGCCAAGGGAACGAGAGGACGUAGAAAAGAGGAAAAACCCUGAUGAACAUCCUGCCGAGGUUGAAAAAGAACCAAAAAGACCGCGUAAACAACUGACAGCUAUAAAUAAAGACAUUGAAAUGGACAGGUUGGAAAAAUUCAAACUGGAAGAGGAGAUGAAGAAGCAGAGAAGGAAGCAGUUGGCCAAGGCCAACGAAGCAGAGGAAAGGAACAUCAAACAGUUGGAGAAACAGCUCAACCUGAACAAGCGGAAAAGCAAAACCACACCUCGAUCGUUUGCUGCUUCUGGUUUAGAUUAUAUUCUUGAUGUGUGCGAUUCAGAAAAAAUUCAGGAUGCUGUGAACGCUGAAUUAACCCUUCAGGACGGAGAGUCUGAUUUUGAAGAGGAUUUGGCUUUGAUCACCGGCAAAGGGGAGGCCAAAACAAAAUCGAAGAAAAUAAAAAGCACAAAAAAACAUAAAGAAGCAAAAGUAGAUGAUGAAUCUGAUAGUGAAUCUAGUGAUAUGGAAAGCAGUUUAGGAUUUGAUGAGGGCAGUGAUAAUUUUGAUGAUGAUGAAGAUGAUGAUGAUAUUGAUAAUGAAUUUGAAGAAGAUGAUGACGAGAAUGAUUUUGAUGAAAUGGAUGAUAGUACUGAUAUGAUCGAGGAGGGAGUUGAUAAAGAAGAAGAAAAUCAAAUUGAUAAUCAAGAUGUAGAAGAAAACAUGAAAAAAGAAGAAAUUUGGGAGGACAUUUACGGAAGACUACGUGAUAAAAAAGGAAAUAUAAUUAAAGAUAAUAAACCUGCCAAAUAUAUUCCGCCUCAUUUAAGAGAGAAAUCGAAUGAAGAUGGUAAAAAGAAGGAAGAAUUGGUACGUCUCAAGAAACAGUUGAAAGGUUUAUUGAACAGACUUGCCGAAAAUAACAUGCAUGGUAUUGCCAAUCAGAUUGAUGAAUUAUACAUGAAGAAUAGUAGGAGUGAUAUGAAUGGGAUGAUUUUAAAUUUAUAUCUAGAGUCCCUCGUAACCCGUGUGCACACUCCGGAACGUCUUGUAAUGGAGCAUGCAAUGCUUUUGGCCAUAUUGCAUGCUAAUGUUGGAUCUGAAGUUGGUGCUUAUAUGCUUCAGUAUUUGGGAAAACAAUUUUGUGAAAUGCAUAAAACUGAUCAUGACAUAGAAAACAAAGAAAUAGAUAAUCUACUUUUGCUCAUUUGCCACAUGUAUACUUUUAAGAUUUUUGAUAAUGUUUUGGUUUAUGACUUAUUGAAUAUGAUGUGUGAAAGUUUUACUCCCAAGGAUGUAGAUUUAAUACUGGUCGUUUUAAGAAGUGUUGGCUUCACUCUUAGAAAGGAUAAUGCUUUGGCGCUUAAAGAUUUUAUAUUGAAAGUGCAAAAACUAGCCAAUGAAGCUAAAGAGAUGAAAGAAGAUGCACGUGUUAAAUUUAUGCUGGACGUCCUUUUGACAAUAAAAAAUAAUAACAUGGCGAAGCUUCCACAAUACGACCCCUCGCACAGUGAGCACUUGAAAAAAAUUAUCAAAACUAUGGUGAGAAAAGGGAAUUACAUAACAGAAUUGAAGAUAACACUUGAUGAUUUGCUGAAAGCUGAAGAAAGGGGGAGAUGGUGGAUUGUCGGGUCUGCUUGGACUGGUCCUGCUCCACAGUCAGAAAAGGCGAAAGAUCAGAAAAAAAAUAUUGAGGAAAAUAGUUUUUCACAAGAAGCCUUAGAACUGGCGAGAAAGCAGAGGAUGAACACUGCAAAUAGGAAAAACAUAUUUUGCAUUCUAAUGAGUGCUGAAGAUUAUUUGGACGCUUUUGAAAAACUUAUGAGAUUAGGGCUAAAAGGCCAGCCAGAACAGGAAAUAAUACACGUUUUGAUCCAUUGUCUUCUUCAAGAAACGACGUACAAUCCUUAUUAUUCUUAUAUUGCUGAUCAGCUUUGCAUGUCAGAUAGGAGGCACAAGAUGACCCUCCAGUAUUCAGUUUGGGACAGGUUUAAAGAGAUGAAAUCCUUGGCCAAAAAUCAAAUUGCAAACUUUGCCAAAUUUCUCGCACAUCUCUUCCUCGAAAAAUCACUUCCGUUAUCAGUCCUAAAGGUUCUAGAGUUCACCGAAAUGGACAAAUUCUGUGUGCGUCUAUUAAGGCAGAUACUUUUAACUCUGCUGCUUCAUGAUGACCAGGAAGCAGUCGUCGAGACCUUUUCGAGGAUUGCUAAACCGCAAAAACUCCACAUGUUUAGAGAGAGUAUAAGACUGUUCAUUCACCAUUUUUUACUGAAAAACAUGAAAAACACAGAUUCAGAGGAGGAAAGCAAACUUAAACAAAGGAUCAGUUUGGUAGACAAGGCAUUGUCUACUUUUUCUGAUUCAUCUUUUUGAUGUAAUGCUUUUUUAAAUCAAAAUGUAAAUUUAAAACUGUAUAUAUUGAGUACGUAAACUGUUAUAAUUUUUUUUAAAAUAAAAUAUUUUAUUUUUUACAUUUUAAUGUAAUUUAAUUAUAUUAACAAUAAAAGACAUGAUGACGUCCAGAUAUUUGAACGUUGUGCAGUCAUGUAUAUAUUCAUUCCUGUACGAGAUCAGCAGUUUUUCGAUUACUCAAUAUCUCAAACCAUUAUUUUUGUGCCCCCUCUAUAAGAGCCAAUCUGCCAUGCCUGCUUUAAAUCACUGGUUUUGCUCUCUACAUUCUAAUCUUCAUUUUAAAAUUUUAAUUCAUCAGUAAAUAAACAACUUUCCCAGUA